AUGCCGACACCCGGACCAGGAGGACAGCAGCAGAUUCGUUUCACCGGCGAUCCGAACAGCCCCUACUAUGGGUUCUUGCAGCAUAGUAACCAUACGAUUCUGUACGAGGAGGACCUGUACCCGACGGGGCUGCAUCUAUAUGAGGCGAUGAAGUUCUUGAGGGGCAGGUUCGAUAUUGCGGAGAUGAUUAGGACGGCGGAGACGCCACAGGACGUGUUCAGGAUUAGUUUUGAGAAUUCGGAUGCGCAGAGGGAGGAUUGGAGGGAGAUCGCGUUGAGAAAGGUUGACGAAGUGCUGUACCAGAAGUUCAGACAGCACGAAGAUCUCAGGCUGUUGCUCAUCGGUACCGGGACUGCUGAGCUCAUAUACGCCGAUAGUAACGACGGUUUCUGGGAUACGGGUCCUGGCGGUGACGGGUCGAACGAGCUGGGCAAGGCGCUUAUGCGCGUGAGAGAGAGGUUGAUGAGGGAGGCGGGUAUGGCGUAG